GAGGGAUGGAGCAGGAUGCUGCCCGGUGGAGGGGCUGAGGCAGUACAACAUACUUUCUCCCUCCUUGAGCGCAUCAACGAGCUCUGGUCCAUAGGUGGAAAGCAGAGAGAGAUCUUCACAGACAAGAUCACAGAAAUGUAACAAUUACGAGUGGAGAGGAGAGCUGAGAAAGAAGGGGGGAUUUUAAGGAAACCGAAGGCAUCAAAGUCUACAUUAUUAAGGAGGAUUUGAGGAGUCUGCGUUUAUAAUCCGACAUCAGAGGCGGAAUGUGAAUCCAAAUAACUUAUGUUAAUUAGAGAUUUUAACGACUAUGAUGCGAUUUGAACGGCUCUGAAGCACCGAGAGAAGAAUUUCAGAUUGGCCACUUGAAUUUAAACAUCUGUGGUGUUUUUUGGAGGGGGGAGUGCUUGUGUUCACCGUCGACUUACCCCAGAACUGAUUUGCAGCCUCUACGGUCAUUGACGUCUAAAAAAAGGAGUUGGCUAUCAGAGGUUGUAUCGGACUAUACUGUGCGUUUGUGCUCAUCACACACACACUGGAGUUACCGCUUUUUCCGGACCGAGGGGAUGCUUUCAGUGCGUCUGUUUCGCAAUGAUUGUCGCCUAAUUUCCCAGGUCCGACUGCGGUCUGCCAGACUUUGUGGAAAAGGAGAUUAUUGUUUGUUGUCAAUGUUUAUCAAAUCCACGGCAGUCUGCGGUGCAACUCAACACACUGGAUCGCAAGAAAACCCCGAGGAGUGACAACUGACAUUCACACGACGAGCCACCAGAGCUCCGGAUCAACUUCAAAACUAAAGCGCACAAGUUUUAAGUCUGGAAUAUAAGAAUAGAUGAUUCUCAGAGGACAGAAGACCAAAUACACCUAGGCCUACAAAAUGUUCAAAAGGGGCUGUGGGCUGGAGUUCCUGCUGGUUCUCUGUGGCCUCGAGUUUUCCUGGUCCUGCCCCCGUCACUGUAUCUGCUACACUUCACCCAGCACCGUCUCCUGCCAAGCCCAUAACUUCCUGUCGGUCCCCGAAGGCAUUCCCCCUGACAGUGAGCGCAUCUUCUUACAGAACAAUAAGAUCCAUCGCUUACUGCGGGGCCACUUCAGCUCCAACACAGUCACUCUCUGGAUCUACUCCAAUAACAUCACAUACAUUGAACCCUCCACCUUCCACGGCUUCACACUGCUGGAGGAGUUGGAUCUGGGAGACAACCGCCACCUGCGCUCCUUGGCUGAAGACACCUUUCACGGGCUGAGUCGGCUCAAUGCACUUCAUCUGUACCGUUGUGGGCUCAGUUCACUUCCUAAUAACAUCUUCCAAGGCCUCAGAAACCUGCAGUAUCUCUACUUGCAGGAUAAUCAUCUGAAGUUCCUGCAGGAUGACACAUUUAUGGACCUCCACAACCUGAGCCACCUGUUCCUGCAUGGAAACCGUCUGUGGAGCCUCAACCAGAAUACCUUCAGAGGCCUUCGAGCCUUGGACCGACUGCUUCUGCACCAAAACCAGAUCGAGUGGGUUGACCGCCUGGCCUUCCAUGACCUUAAACGUCUCACCACCCUCUACCUGUUCAACAACACCCUGAUAGAGCUGUCCGGACAGUGCCUGGACACGCUGCCUGCACUGGAAUACCUGCGCCUCAACGACAACCCUUGGUCUUGUGACUGCAAAGCCCUGUCGCUAUGGGAGUGGUUGAAGCGUUUCAGAGGCUCAACAUCCUCAGUGGGUUGCCAGUCGCCGGCUGAUAUGGUUGGGAAAGACCUCAAGGAGCUUCGCAAGGAGGACUUCCCCAACUGUUCACCAACUGUACCUAAUUCCGAGUCCAGAGCCCAGACUAACAAUUUAUCUGGCACGGUCAAUCCGUCUAUGAAUCGUGGUGUAGUGGUCGGCUCUGGAGGGCAGACCCACAUAGUGCACCCCUCGAGGCCUGGCCGCUCUCGAAACUGCACAAAGCCUCGUAACAGGGUGAGCAAGGGGAAGGGUGACAAUGAGGUUCACCACUCAAAGGAGGUCAUGGCAGACAAGGAGGAUUCCUCCCCAGAUUUCACAGAUGGGGGCAAACAUGACCACACGUCCCCAGACGGCACCGUCACACGGAGGAAGCACAAGUGCACUCCCCGGACCACUGUUCGCCCCCCUAGUGGGGUUCAGCAAGCCAACAAUAGGGCAACCUUGUCCCAGUCAUUACUACAUGUCUGUGCCCUCUUUGUGGCCUUGAUAACGACAAAUAUUGACUUCAUUCUCCGUUGACCUUCAGAGGGUUUGGCAAAUGCUAAUCACAAAAAAACACAGCCCUCAGACCCUCUCUUGCUCCUGCACUACAAGGCCUGUGUGUCUUUUAUGUAUGUGUGUGUGAGUGUGAUUAUAUGUGUAAAUGUUGUGUAGGGAGCUUUACUGUUCAGACCGAAACAGGCAUCAAAGCAUCAAACAUCAACGACAGAAAGACUCACAGCGCUAAAAUCGAAGGGACUGAGAGACAGAGAAUGAUAAAAGGUUAAUGCAGACCAAGCUUGCACUGCCACUUACGCCAGUAUGAUUUCAUCUUCAUAUGUCUCGGUAUCUUAUGUAUUUUUUAACUUGUGUUUUUCACUCAACUGGAGCUCAGAUAACCAAAAUUUGGUGAACAUAGAGCAACAGAGGAAGAGAUGACUUAUUAGCCAGUUAGCUGUGAGACAGAUAAGCCUGGUGCUCCAUCCAGCUUUAAUUUUACAUUCACAGUCUGUAAAUUGUUAUCAAGAAGGUACAAAUGGUAGGUCGAUGAGCCUGUAAAGCCUCUGGCAUCAGUUUCAUCUUGCUCUCAUCCUUUCUGCCAAAUGUAUUUUGUCCGAACAAUUGGGUGUAAGUGUUUCCUCAUAAACAAAGAGGCAAAGUGUAAGCAUGGCAGUAUCAGACAUAGGAAUGUGCCAUUAUCACGACAAAGUGGACAUUUAUAGCCUCAGAUGUUUCAAGGCUAUAAAUAGAGCAAUCAUUAGCUCAUACACCGUAUGACGCUGUAACAAAUUGUGACAACCGCUCUCUACAUAAUGCUGACUCUUUUCAGGUACCAACCUUUCUGCCUAUUUAACAGUAUUCCUCAUUAGUAUUACCGGUAACAAAACUCCGCUUCCAUCUUCAUUUUCACCACUUUUCUCCUCCUGUGCAACUGAAUAUGAAGCUGCUAAUUGUUUCAAGAUGGCGAGGACUGCCAUGCGCUAUUUUCAUUUGCUUGGAAAACAAUGUGUGUCUCUGGGAGAUCAAGCUGUGAAUAUUGAAGAAGUCUGUCUAUAUCUUGUGUCAGAUGUUGUUCAUUUGAUUUUUCUAAGACACAAAAUGGACCUAGAGAUGGAUCCCUGCUGCGGGGCCAACAGGAGCCUUAGAGGUCGAGGGUCAAACGGGGCUUUCUCAGUUUCCCAGUGAGGUUGCACUGAACUGAUCCCUCCUCAGUGAGGGAGUACCUCCCUCACUGAGAAUGUGAGGAACACAUUUUUUCUCUUAAUGACUUAACUUCAAAAGGAAUACAAGAACAAGACUGGAGGAAAAAAUGUGUGUACCUUCAAUGACUCAUGUGAUCAAUAAAAGAUAAAAAAAAAUAAAUAAAUAACAUUUUGAAUGGAGCAUGGCAAAACAGGGAUCAUGCAGAGAGAAUUUUGCCUCUUAACUGAUGUGAUUGUCCAUGGAUGUGGGGAUCCAAGGCCAAGACAAUUGCUUCUGAAGUGACCAGGGGAUGCAGAUCGACAGAUGGACAGUUACAGGACAUCUUGCUGUACUUCUGGAGCUUUUGUGCCUCCCAUAAAUCUUCUGAUAAGAUGGUGUUUGUAUCAAUGAUGUGAACCAUACCAGUAAUAAUGGAGAGGACUUCCUGCAGUGCUGAUAUUAAUCAUUUACUGUAUUACUAUGAGAAAAACAAUAUCAGUGACAUCGAUGAUGAUAACAGGGUUUUCUGCUCCUCCUGUCAGGAAGAGUCUUUCAAUUUUUUGAUUUUCUGGUGAUUCGUUUAUUUACGUAUUUUUCAUGUUAUAUUUUUAGAACCUUUUAUUUGUUAAUGCACACUUCUUCACCUCCCAAUUUCUCGUUCUACUGUAUGCCUACUCAUCUUCUUUCUUUGCCAUAAUUCAAUUGUUCAGUAAGUUAUCAUCAGAAA